AUGGAGUUCAUCAAACAGCACCAAAGGUGCAUUAAUUGUCUCAGUGCGAAACACGCCUUGUAUUCAUGCCCAAGCCAAUACACUUGUCGCCGAUGCCAGAAAAGGCAUCAUUCGAUGCUCCAUGUUGAUUCGGGCUCAUGCGCUACCGCCUCGGUGGUCACUGCUGAAUCGAAUUCGCCGGUCGAAGCGAGAGGUAAUCGCGGCGCGGUAGCGUUGUUUGCUUCGCAAGAAUUAUCGCAUCGAACUCCGGUGCUCCUUGCGACGGCGCGAGUCACGGUUCGUUCACCGGCGGGUCGCGACGCUAACGUGCGAGCGUUGCUCGAUCCGGGAUCGGAGAUAACUUUCAUGUCCGCUCGACUUGCACAAACCUUAAGACUGCGUCGUUUCCAAGAUCAGUUUUCACUCUCUGCCAUCUGCGGUCUUAAAGCGGGUAACUGCAAGUUUGCAGCUCAAAUUACGAUCUCGCCGCAAAAUAAAUCAGAGCCGAGUCUCACAAUCACUGCGUCGAUUUUGCCGUCACUCGCUGAUUACAAUUCGGGGCUCGAUCGGGCCAGGUGCAACUGGGAUCAUCUCGCGGAUCUCGCCCUAGCAGAUCCUCACUUCAACGGUUCUGAUCCCAUUGAGCUCCUCAUCGGCGCCGAUAUCUAUGGCGAGAUAUUCCUUGGCGAAAUGCGGAAGGGACCUCGCGGGCAGCCCUAUGCAUUAAAUACUAUUUUUGGAUGGGCAGUAUCCGGCCCUACGAAUGUUUCACUUCAAUCCCGCCGAACAAUCACUGUUCAACAUUGUUCGGCCUCAACGUCGCUUGCGCUCGAUCGCGAACUGAGAAGAUUUUGGGAGAUCGAGGAAGUUCCGCGACAGACUGUACUCGGCCCGGAGGAACAACGAUGCGAGGAUUACUUCAUGACCACUCAUUCGCGUUGUUCCGACGGCCGAUACAUUGUGCGCCUUCCAUUCAAACGUGAUCCUCCCAUUAAUAUCGGUCGUUCUCGCGAUACCGCUGAGCGAUGUCUAAAAGGCUUACUUCGACGCUUUGAAAUUAACGCCGAGCUAAAACAACAAUAUUUCAAUUUCAUGCGGGAAUACGAAGCUCUGGGACACAUGCGCAAAGCCUCACCUCUCUCAGAAUCCUCUCAGUGCGUGUAUAUUCCUCACCAUCCCGUCUUUCGCGACGGUAGUGCGACCACACACUUGCGCGUGGUAUUCAAUGCGUCGAGUCUAACGUCUAGCGGGAAAUCGCUUAAUGAUAGUUUACUUCCAGGACCGAAACUACAAACGGACUUGGCGGCGGUCGUGAUGCGAUGGCGACAGUUUCGCUACGUAUACUCGGCCGAUGUCGAGAAAAUGUAUAGGCAGAUCGUCGUUGAUCCGCGUGACACAAAUUAUCAACGCAUAUUAUGGGUGGAUACCGAGACGGAGCGCGUGCAGGAAUAUGAGCUCUUGACCGUGACGUACGGCAUGGCGUCGGCGCCGUUUUUGGCGUUACGAGUGCUGCGCCAACUGGUCCGCGAUGAAGGACAUUCCUAUCCGUUAGCCGUGUCCGUCCUGACGGAUAACAUUUAUGUUGACGACGUCUUGUUCGGCGCCGACGAUAUCCCUCUGCUUCGGCAGGCGCGCGAGCAAGUGUGCUCACUGCUGCGCUGCGGCCAGUUCAAUUUGCGCAAGUGGUCCAGUAACUCGUCGGCUCUUCUGAGCGACAUUGAUGACAGCGAUCACGGUUUGGCAUGCAGCAAGGACCUUCAACCAGGCGAAAAGGUUAAAGUCCUUGGGAUAUGCUGGCACCCCGCUAAGGACGUAUUUCAAUUCCGCAUUUCCUGCCCUCCCUCCGUCUCGAUAACGAAAAGAUCGACUCUCUCGAAUAUCGCGCGAAUAUUCGAUCCGUUGGGGUGGAGUGCUCCGGUCACAAUAACGGCAAAAAUCUUUCUUCAGCGACUGUGGCAAUCACAGCUCGACUGGGAUGACCAAUUUCCCCCCGACCUCGCUGAUGAGUGGGAAGUUAUUCGGGCGUCACUUCUGUCACUUGAUGGCCUUCAGCUCGAUCGAUGGGUUCGACGCGGAUCGGAUACAACGGCCUGCGAGCUGCACGGGUUCUCGGACGCGUCCUCUCAAGCGUAUGCAGCCGUAGUUUAUCUGAGGCUUCUUUCGAUCUCCGGAGAGGUCACCUCGAUGCUCCUCGUCGGAAAGUCUAGGGUCGCACCCGUUAAAUCGCUGAGCAUUCCGCGAUUGGAGCUCGCAGCGGCGGUGCUGCUCUCCAGAUUAAUGGAGUUCGUGAUCGCGUCUCUCCACCUUUCCGAGGUUCCGUGCUACUGCUGGACGGACUCCACGGUCGUCCUUGCGUGGGUUACGCAACAUCCGUCACGGUGGCAAACGUUCGUGGCAAAUCGCGUCGCGGAAAUCCAGACCCGACUUCCCUCCGCUUCGUGGCGACACGUGCCCACCAUCGACAACCCCGCCGACUGCGCGUCUCGCGGAAUUCCCGGGCAUCAGCUCGCAUCCCAUCCGUUGUGGUGGCAUGGUCCAUUGUGGCUUAGGCUUCCGAUCUCCGACUGGCCGGUGCCUGUCGACCCUCACCCUGAGACCUCAAUGGAACAAAAUGUAAAGACGCAGGUUCUCGUCGCGAUAUCGAGAGACCCUGUCGUAUGGGAUCUCGCCGCGCGCUACUCGUCGUGGACGAAGUUACUGCGCAUUACCGCCUACGUUAUGCGAUUUAUCUCGCGUACUCGCGGACGUAUCACGUUGCCGGCUGAGCGCGUCGAGAGUCCCUCAUCCUUGACGGGUCACGAAAUUCAACGCGCGACGAACUUUUGGGUAAAAACCAUUCAAGCGGAGCUAUUCGCGCGCGAGCUGACCGCGCUUCGAAGGGGAGACGCGCUGUCAUCGAAAAGCGUACUGUUGCCUCUCGCGCCGUAUUUGGACGAAGAUCAAAUAAUUCGUGUUGGUGGGCGGUUGUCGCGGGCGCCCAUCCCGGCUUACGUCAAACAUCCGAUCGUUCUCGCGCCCCAUCCUCUCGUCCAGCUCCUCAUACAGGAUAUUCACAAGCGAUAUCUCCAUGCCGGCAUCCAGCUUACCCUGGCUACGCUGCGGCGAAGGUACUGGGUGAUCCGAGCUCGCGGUGCGGUCAGAUCGGUCAUCCAUCGGUGUGUCGCGUGCACUCGCGAGCGAGCUGCCGUCCCGACACAACUUAUGGGGAACCUCCCGCAAUGCAGAGUCUCUCCUCCCGCGCGCGCAUUCAUUCAUUGCGGAGUGGAUUAUGCUGGCCCGAUACUUGUUCGAGCGAUGUCUGGACGCGGAGUGGCCUCCCGAAAGGCCUACAUCGCCAUAUUCGUGUGUAUGGCAACGCGCGCGGUACACUUGGAGUUGGUCGAGGGGUACGCCACUCCGGCAUUUUUGGGGGCCUAUUCGCGAUUCGUGGCUCGACGGGGUCUUCCGACGGCGGUGUACUCCGAUAACGGGACCACCUUCGUCGGAGCGGACCGCGACCUCACACUCGCGUUUAGAGCGGCUCUUCGCGAUCCCGUUUUUUUGAACAGGACGGCUUCGGACAAUGUCGAGUGGCAUUUUCUGCCUCCCUCCGCCCCUCAUUUUGGCGGCCUAUGGGAGGCCGGUGUACGAAGCGUGAAGCACCACAUUCGCCGGGUGGUUGGAGCGCACACGCUGACGUUCGAAGAAUUCUCCACGCUUCUUUGUAACGUCGAGGCUUGCCUCAACUCUAGGCCCAUAGCGCCGCUCUCCGACUCGAUAGAUACAUACGAUCCGCUGACCCCCGGGCAUUUUCUCAUUGGUGCCGCUCUUAACUCGAGUCCGGAGCCUUACCUGUUACAGGUAAAAGAAAAUCGCCUAUCUCGAUGGCAGUUGGUUCGGCAGCUCACCGAACGUCUUUGGAAGUUGUGGCAGAGCGAUUAUAUUAACAUGCUGCAACAGCGGAGAAAAUGGCGACAUAUUAAGAAGCCAAAUAUUCGAGUGGGACAAUUGGUUUUGCUUCGCAAUCUUCUGCUUCCACCGUGCAAGUGGGAGCUCGGCCGCGUUGUUUUGUGUCACCCGGGUCUCGACGAAUUGGUCCGCGUUGUUACGGUAAAAACGGCGUCGUCCGAGUACAAGCGUCCGAUCGGUAGACUGUGCCUUCUGCCGAUCGAUAUUGAAAAGUCGGAAAGCGCCGACAAGUGA